AGAGUGCUCCUCUCCAUUCACCACCUCUCCCUCCUCACAAGAGCAUCGCCAUUCUCAACAACCGCACCACGUCGAUCGCCAAGGUCCGCGCCUCACAACGACAGCGUAGCUAGCUAGCGAGGUUGCUGUGUUCGGGCAGCCGAGCGGGGUACGAGCCGGAGACGAUGAUGAUGAUGGGUGGUCGCGCGGGGGCCGGCGGCGUCGGGGCAGGCGGGGGGCGGUGCCCGUUCACGGCGACGCAGUGGCAGGAGCUUGAGCACCAGGCACUCAUCUACAAGUACAUGGCCUCCGGCGUGCCCAUCCCCUCCGACCUCCUCCUCCCGCUCCGCCGCAGCUUCCUCCUCGACUCCGCCCUCGCCACCUCCCCCUCCCUCGCCUUCCCUCCCCAGGCCGCACUUGGCUGGGGUUGCUUUGGCAUGGGGUUCGGCCGGAAGGCGGAGGACCCGGAGCCGGGGCGGUGCCGGCGGACGGACGGCAAGAAGUGGCGCUGCUCCAAGGAGGCGUACCCGGACUCCAAGUACUGCGAGAAGCACAUGCACCGCGGCAAGAACCGUUCAAGAAAGCCUGUGGAAAUGUCCUUGGCCACGCCCCCGCCGCCGCCUUCCUCCUCGGCCUCCUCCUCCUCCUCCAACGUCCACUCCGCCGUCAACGUCGCCACCACCACCUCCUCCCCCGCGCCGUCCUACCACCGCCACGCCGCCGCGACUCACGACACGACGCCCUACCACGCGCUCUACGGCGGCCCCUACUCCUCCGCCGGCCGCCAGCAGCACGCUAGCGCCUACCACCACGCCGCGCAGGUCAGCCCGUUCCACCUGCACCUCGACACCACCCACCCGCACCCGCCGCCGUCCUACUACUCCAGCAUGGACCACAGCAAGGACAGCUACGCCUACGGGCACAGCGUCAAGGAGGUGCACGGCGGCGGCGAGCACGCCUUCUUCUCCUCCGACGUCACCACCGACAGGGACCAUCACCACCACCACCAUCAGCACCAACACCACGCUAGCGCCGGCGGCAACGGCCAGUGGCAGUUCAAGCAGCUCGGCGGCAUGGAGCCGAAGCAGCAUAACCCAACGUCGCUCUUCCCCGGCUGCGGCGGCUACGGCAACAACGCGGCCUACGCCAUCGACCUGUCCAGCAAAGAAGAGGACGAGGAGAAGGAGAGGCGGCAGCAGCAGCAGCACUGCUUCCUGCUGGGCGCCGACCUGAGGCUCGACAAGCCGUCGUCGGGGCACGGCGACUCCGCCGACCAGAAGCCUCUCCGGCCCUUCUUCGACGAGUGGCCGCACGAGAAGACCGGGAGCAAGGGGUCGUGGAUGGGGCUCGAGGGGGAGACGCAGCUCUCCAUCUCCAUCGCCAACGAACUCCCCAUCACCACCACCUCCCGCUACCACCAUGGUGAAUGAUCCCAAGUCCCAACGAGAAGACCGAGAACGAAGCUGCAACGAGAGACCAUCUCCACGAAGAACACGCACGUACGGAGCGAAUCCAUUGGCCCUUUCCCGGCGUGCUACUCCAGCUGCAUGCCGCCGAGACCUGGACCAGCUAGCUAUCUUGACUCUCGAGGCAUGCAUGCACAGUUCGAGUGCUGAAGAUCUUGAAAGGCCGGAACCUACUACGACCAUCAUUUUCAUUUCUUCUUCCUUCUCCUUCAUUUGUAAUCGUUGCUUUGGUCGAGUGUAACAUUUCCGCAACAUCCAUGGAGUGGCGAGGCUACUAUGUUGAGGCAAUCUGAAUCUUUCAUUAGCGGAAUAGAUUUUCUUUUUUCCUUGCAGUACCACCUGUGAUAUCAAUAUCAUGAGAUGCUAGCUUGCGAGCUGAGCCGAGCGUGUUGGCUUUA